AUGUUUCUUUAGCCAGUUUCUCAUCAUAUAGUCUCUGUUGCCUGAUGACCUCAGUAAAACCCACCUCCCUUCCCAAACCUCUAUCUGACCUGAAUUACGAGAUUAUGUGGCUAUCUCAUCGCGUAUUUUCUUCUUCACUUUGUCCAGCUGCGCAAAUUUAAAGCAGAUGUUUGUGAUUAAGUUGAAGCAAGCGCUCUCUGCCAGGAAGGUGAUACAACAUAACAUCUCUCUCCAAAUGAUGUUUUUGUUUUCAGGUGAAAGGGAGGGGACUCAGUCAGCACACCUUCGGACCGGCGUACUUCCUGCAUCUACCGCUGUGAUAUAUAAAAACCCGGCGCGCAGAACGGCAGCCGAAGUCCUCGUAUAGUUUGACUAGUCUAGGCUACUGCUUGAACUGAGCAUCAUCUCUCUCUCUCUCUCUAUCCCUCCUGUCUACUAUUCUAACUGGAAGGUUGGAAGAGUGUCGCCUGGCAACGCAGGUACAAGAUACGGCUGAAAAGGAGAAGAUUAAAUCCAGACUUCACAUACAGCAUUUGAGAAAUCUGAAAAAAAAGCAAACAUGAAUGCUCCGCACUUUUCCAUAGACUUGCUGCUGCUGUGCAUAUCUUGCGGAGCAAGUGUAUUGGCAGCCAACUCUCCCACCGUGUCCUCGACGCUGCCAGCCACCAAUUUCACCGACCUUGGCUCAGCGUUCAGCUAUGGGGAAGCAGACAGCAAGAAUAUUAUUCUGACCAGGAAGAAGCGUUAUAUUUCCCAAAACGACAUGCUUGUCAUUCUUGAUUAUCACAAUAAAGUAAGAGGGAAAGUUUUCCCUCCGGCGUCCAAUAUGGAGUACAUGACGUGGGACGAGACCCUGUCUAAAUCAGCUGAGGACUGGGCCCACUCGUGUCUGUGGGAGCACGGACCUCGACACCUCCUCAGGUUCCUGGGCCAGAACCUCUCUGUCAGGACCGGACGCUACCGCUCCAUUCUCCAGUUGGUGAAGCCCUGGCAUGAUGAAGUGAAGGACUAUGUGUUCCCUUACCCCCGGGACUGCAACCCCAGAUGCCCCCUUAAAUGCUACGGACCCAUGUGUACACAUUAUACACAGAUGGUUUGGGCCACAACAAACAAAGUCGGCUGUGCUAUACACACCUGUCACAAUAUGAACGUGUGGGGGAACGUGUGGAAACGGACUACAUUCUUAGUGUGUAACUAUUCAUCUAAAGGGAACUGGAUCGGAGAGGCACCCUACAAAGUAGGCGUCCCGUGCUCCGCCUGUCCCCCGAGCUACGGAGGCUCCUGUUCCAACAACAUGUGCUUCCCAGCCCUCAACACAAACUAUCUGCAGUGGUUCAAAUAGAGCCAGGAGUCCCUGUCCUGACUAAGGCUGCGUCCCAAAUCACACCUUAUUCCCUAUUGCCAUUUGGUGCUAACACGCUGACCCCCGACCCCAACACAGAGACUUUCCCCCUUGAAGGAUUUGCACAACAUUCGUGGAAAACACACUUAUUUAAGAUUAAAGCAUACAUUUAUAAUAAUGUGUACAUAGAAUUCAUGUUUUUUAUUUGACAUAUUCUUUUUUUUUUUUAAUGAUUAUCAUUUGAUGAAUUAGAUUGAUUGAUUGAUACAGUCGGAUGAUAAUUUAUCUUGUGCAGUAUGUUUCCUGACAGUGUUACAGUGUAAUGGGUUUACCAUUGGUCACAUGUACCCAUAGAAUGUGGACACGCAUGGAUGUGCCUCACGAUGGGUCAAAUGGAUACAAGUUAUUGACAUUCCAACGCUAACGGUAGCAAGCAAAAAUCAUUUUUACAAGUGAUGGUUAACUAACUUUUACAGGUUUUUUUUCGCUCGCUUAGCUAAUCAUUUUGGCUAACUGUGGAGAGAACAUUAUUCACUUAUGUGCCGUUAAUUAGGGCUCGAUUCAAUCUGUACCAAUUCUAUGGUGUAAUAGACAUUUAAAGGCAAUGUGAGCGGAGUUUAUUUUUUUAAACUAGGCAAGUCUGUUAAGAACAAAUUCUUAUUUUCGAUGACGGCCUAGGAACAGUGGGUUAACUGCCUGUUCAGGGGCAGAAUGACAGAUUUGUACCUUGUCAGCUCGGGGGUUUGAACUGGCAACCUUCUGGUUACUAGUACCAACGCUCUAACCACAAGGCUAGCCUGCCGCCCCGGAGCCACGGUAAACACUGCCUAUGUCGGCUCAAUCAGAAAUUAUCUUUAAAUUUCAAUCGCCAAUUUAGUGAUUUAGUGAUUCAGAUUGAAUCGACCCCUUAGCCACCGCAAAUCUCUCUUAGCUAGGAAACGCAACGCUGUGUCCUAAACUGCAAGGUGUCUCCAGCGAUGCUUCCUUUUUUGUCUGUUACAGUGUGCUGCGUUGUAACACACCUUGCAAUGAAUCCCAGCAUGUGUCAAUGGUGCUGAAGGCAUUACACACAAUGUGUAGGUUAUGCCUUGUCAUGGUCAGAAGAACAUAGCCUCAGGUCUCAGACCUCAACUAACAUGAAGCACUCAACCACUAGGCUACCAAGCCACAUAGCAACUGAAGCUAACCCAACAGCCUAAAAAGCCACAUAGCAACUACAGCUAACCCAACAGCCUACCAAGCCACAUAGCAACUACAGCUAACCCAACAGCCUACCAAACCACAUAGCAACUACAGCUAACCCCACCAGUAGGUUACCAAACCACAUAGCAGCUACAGCUAACCCAACAGACUACCAAACCACAUAGCAACUACAGCUAACCCAACAGCCUACCAAGCCACAUAGCAACUACAGCUAACCCAACAGCCUACCAAGCCACAUAGCAAGUACAGCUAGCCCAACAGUCUACCAAGCCACAUAGCAACUACAGCUAACCCCACCAGUAGGUUACCAAACCACAAAGCUCAGCCAGUAGACUACCAAACCACAUAGCAACUACAGCUAACCCAACCAGUAGGUUACCAAGCCUCAUAGCAACUACAGCUAACCCAACCAGUAGGUUACCAAACCACAUAGCAACUACAGCUAACCCAACAGCCUACCAAACCACAUAGCAACUACAGCUAACCCAACAGCCUACCAAACCACAUAGCAACUACAGCUAACCCAACACCCUACCAAGCCACAUAGCAACUGAAGCUAACCCAACCAGUAGGUUACCAAACCACAUAGCAACUACAGCUAACCCAACAGCCUACCAAACCACAUAGCAACUACAGCUAACCCAACAGCCUACCAAGCCACAUAGCAACUACAGCUAACCCAACAGCCUACCAAACCACAUAGCAACUACAGCUAACCCUACAGCCUACAAAGCCACAUAGCAACUGAAGCUAACACAACAGCCUAAAAAGCCACAUAGCAACUGAAGCUAACCCAACAGCCUACCAAGCCACAUAGCAACUGAAGCUAACACAACAGCCUAAAAAGCCACAUAGCAACUAUAGCUAACCCAACAUCCUACCAAGCCACAUAGCAACUACAGCUAACCCAACAGCCUACCAAGCCACAUAGCAACUACAGCUAACCCAACCAGUAGGUUACCAAGCCUCAUAGCAACUACAGCUAACCCAACCAGUAGGUUACCAAACCACAUAGCAACUACAGCUAACCCAACAGCCUACCAAACCACAUAGCAACUACAGCUAACCCAACAGCCUACCAAACCACAUAGCAACUACAGCUAACCCAACAGAAUACCAAACCACAUAGCAACUACAGCUAACCCAACAGCCUAACAAACCACACAGCAACUACAGCUAACCCAACAGCCUACCAAAACACAUAGCAACUACAGCUAACCCAACAGCCUAACAAACCACACAGCAACUACAGCUAACCCAACAGAAUACCAAACCACAUAGCAACUACAGCUAACCCAACAGCCUAACAAACCACACAGCAACUACAGCUAACCCCACCAGGAGGUUACCAAACCACAUAGCAACUACAGCUAACCCAACAGCCUAACAAACCACACAGCAACUACAGCUAACCCCACCAGUAGGUUACCAAACCACAUAGCAGCUACAGCUAAUCCAACAGCCUACCAAACCACAUAGCAACUACAGCUAACCCCACCAGUAGGUUACCAAACCACAAAGCUCAGCCAGUAGACUACCAAACCAAAUAGCAACUACAGCUAACCCCACCAGUAGGUUACCAAACCACAUAGCUCAGCCAGUAGACUACCAAACCACAUAGCUCAACCAGUAGGUUACCAAACCACAUAGCUCAGCCAGUAGACUACCAAACCACAUAGCUCAGCCAGUAGACUACCAAACCACAUAGCUCAGCCAGUAGACUACCAAACCACAUAGCUCAGCCAGUAGACUACCAAACCACAUAGCUCAGCCAGUAGACUACCAAACCACAUAGCUCAGCCAGUAGGUUACCAAACCACAUAGCUCAGCCAGUAGACUACCAAACCACAUAGCUCAGCCAGUAGACUACCAAACCACAUAGCUCAGCCAGUAGACUACCAAACCACAUUGCUCAGCUAGUAGACUACCAAACCACAUAGCUCAGCCAGUAGACUACCAAACCACAUAGCUCAGCCAGUAGGUUACCAAACCACAUAGCUCAGCCAGUAGACUACCAAACCACAUAGCUCAGCCAGUAGACUACCAAACCACAUAGCUCAGCCAGUAGACUACCAAACCACAUAGCUCAGCCAGUAGACUACCAAACCACAUUGCUCAGCCAGUAGACUACCAAACCACAUUACAAUUGCAGCAAAUGGCAUUUCCAUCCAUAUCCUGAAGCUAAUUGACUAAAGUGAUGUUUCCCACAGGGAGGGCUGUACUUACUGUACAGGGGAGAGUCCACCACAGAAUGGCCUGUAUAUGUGAUGAGCUCUAUUGGGAACGACUGGCCUCCUGUUUCUGUGGAUGACACAAUUGCAGAUGUAACACUUGACCAACAUGACAUUGAUGUGACAUUCAGUUCUGGUAGCUGUAGGACAGGUUAGAUACUGGAAGCUGUAGGACAGAUUCAGUACUGGUUGCUAGAGGACAGGUUAGGUACUGGUAGCUGUAGGACAGAUACAGUACUGGUUGCUAUAGGACAGGUUAGGUACUCGUAGCUGUAGGACAGGUUCAGUUCUUGUUGCUAGAGGACAGGUUCAGUUCUUGUUGCUAGAGGACAGGUUCAGUUCUGGUUGAUGUAGGACAGAUUCAGUACUGGUAGCUGUAGGACAGAUUCAGUACUGGUUGCCAGAGGACAGGUUAGGUACUGGUAGCUGUAGGACAGAUUCAGUACUGGUUGCUAGAGGACAGGUUAGGUACUGGUAGCUGUAGGACAGAUUCAGUACUGGUUGCUAUAGGACAGGUUAGGUACUGGUAGCUGUAGGACAGGUUCAGUACUGGUUGCUAUAGGACAGGUAAAAUACUGUUUGUGUUGCUUGUUGUUUGUCUGUUAACAUGACUCGGAGCAUACAGAAGGCUCAGUGGAAAGUGUAUACCAUGGGGCAGAUGGACAGUAUUGCAUUGAAAGGAUCCAGGUAUGUCCUUACAGCAUGUGUUUUGGUCGAUGGCUUUGAUUCUGUUGUUGUGUCAUGUUGUAUAAUGUAUCACUGAGCUGUUUUCAGUUCUUAGAUGGAAAAUCACUCCAUAGAACCUCAUACCCAGAAAAUCAAUAUCCUCAUACUACAUUCAUACUGUUGCUAAGUUAUAUUCCAGAAAUAUUUAAUUAAAGGAUGUUUUUUUUUUAUUAUUGUUUUGUAAAAUAAACUUUCUAUAAAUGUGGAA